GGGAACUUUAUAUUCGCUGCGUCGCCGGAGCUGAGACGGGGAGGGUUUAACGUUAGAUGGGGAACCGGAGCUCGAGAGCAUAAAUCUCAGGCAGCUGGCACUCGGACCCGGCUGUCACGUUUGGAUCAUUGGCAGAGCAUAAGAUUUGGGAGGAACUGUUGCGGGUGUGGGGCAGACUUCCGACAAGUAAGUGAGUAGCACGGACGGCUGUGAUGGAGGCCAGCCGGUGGAUGCAGGGCAACAUAAAGGUCCUCCUGCUCUGAAGGGAGAGCGUGUGUGAAGGAAGGCAGGGGCUACUCAGGCUCGGCUUUUGCCCAUACCGUACCGAGCUUUCCAAUGAGCCUUCACAUCUUCGCUUCGACAUCGCUCCAGCUCGUUCUGGCGCUUAGCUCAUCUCAUCAUCAUUCAAUAAAUAGCUCGUUCCACGAGCUCUGUGAUUGUGAUGCCCCUUAGGGGGUUCUCGUGGGUGACGUAGAUCCGGAUUUGAGAUCUCCUCGUGUAGUGGAGCAUCCUCUCGUGUACGAUAGGAAAUAUGUGACCUGCUGUGCGAACGUGUGAUCGGAGGAGAAAAAUAAACAGGAAUUUCGGAGAGGCGAGGCAUUGGUGUCUUGCGGUUAUAUCGGCGUUGUAAUGAAAGUUUUGCGAUGAAUCGGCCAGUCUAAAUGCAGAGUUUGAGUGUUUGAGCGGGCGGAGGAGGAUCCCGUUGGAGUUUUGGCUUCUUUUGGUGUGGCUUUGUCUCGUAGAUGAACAAUUUGUUGUGUUUGGAGAUUUAUGCUGAUCGGUGUGUAGAAAUAGGGGAAAUUCAGACUAGUUCAUCGACUUUCAAUUCGAAAUUCGGAUAAACAGGACAAGGAAGUUCCUUUUCAGACUCUCCACCUUCUAGAGCCUUCACAAUGGUCUCCCAAAAAAUGGGACUCUCGAUCACAGGCUCAACAAAAGCAGUACAUUUGGCCUCUGCCUGCAAAUCUAUCACUGCGGUAUCGCUACUAGUUAUAAUAUUCUCUUCGAGCCUUUCUUCAGCCUUGGAAGUGGGCAUCAGAUCACAGAGUCAUUUGAGGCAAGCGCAACUCUUCACUUCAGCCAAUUCGGACCAAGAGCACGGUGGAAAGACCGCCGAGUUGGAACGAUUUUUUGAGGUCACCAUGCCCCUGACCAAGUCCAAGCGCCGCGCAAUCUGCUCAAUGGAAUUGAUGUACCACGAAUUUGCAGGUACCUAUGGCGUUGACCCUCCUGUGGCUCAGUAUGUUCCCAACAGGAGAUGUAGGAAGUGGAACAAAGUGGUGCUCAAAUGGAGUGCUGUCUGCAGGGGGCGGCAAUUUGACAGAAUUGCCGGAGUCUGGUUAGGUGGUGUCGAGAUACUCCGCACUUGCACUGCAGAACCUACUCAACGAGGAAUCAUCUGGGAAGUCGAGAAAGAUGUCACCCAGUACUCGUCUCUGUGGAGAAAGCCUCAGGAGCUUGUUGCCGCCAUGGGAAAUGUCAUCACUGAUGUUUACACUGGUAUAUUCAACGUCACCAUUUCCGUCGAUUUUUAUAGAGAAGAUGACGAUGAUGAUUCGGACGAGGAAACUCUGUCAGAGAGGGAAUCCCGCGCUGGUGAUUGGCAUACGAGGGAUAUAGAGAGGCAUCUGGCAGAACCAGCGCAGGUCAUUUUGCCCAUCAGUGAGCCAACUUACAAAGAUGGUGGAUACUGGUUCCAACUCUCAGGAGAAGGUGAAGUGAAGACAUCCAGGCUGAGAAUUCCCAGGAAUACCUACCGAGCAGUCCUCGAAGUUUGCCUCUCACCUCACUCGCGUGAUGAAUUCUGGUACACGAAUCCUCCCAACGAGUACGUGAUAGCGAACAAUUUGACUGAUCUACCUGCGAAUGGGGCGUUUAGGGAGGUAGUGGUUACAGUCGAUGACAAGGUGGCCGGAGUUGUGUGGCCCUUUCCAGUGCUCUACACCGGGGGUGUGAAUCCUCUCUUAUGGCGUCCAAUCGCGGCCAUUGGAGCUUUCGACCUACCCAGCUAUGACAUUGACAUCACACCUUUUGUGGGCACUCUUCUCGAUGGUAAGGACCAUACUUUCGGCCUCAGUGUCACGGACAACUUGGAUACUUGGAUUCUGCAGGGGAACCUGCACUUGUGGGUCGAUCCUUCCAGGCGAUCGACAUCUGGGAGCCUCGAAUCCUCUGUGGUGCCUUCCUUCACUCCUCAUGUGGACAUGAAGUUCGAAGGUGUGGAUGGCACCUUCAACACAACUGCCUUCAGGUCGCUCUCCUACGUGGGCCAUGUGGCAUCGUCAUUUGGGAACUUGACGACGACGGUGUCUCACGCUCUAAAAUUCUACAAUGGUAUGCUGUUUGCCAAUUCUUCAGCUCUGUCGACCGUCGACCAGUACACGGAAACCGAGACCACAGUUAUGAUUGAAAGUGCCGAGAAGGAGAUUGCCAUGUAUCAUGAUAAGAACUCUUACCCAUUUUUCCUCUACUAUUUGCAAGUUGAGAACAGCGACAGCUCUUACGACAUUUCCACUGUUCUGACGCACUCCAUGAAGACUGAGAAGCAAGCUCUUGCUGGUCAUUCGAGCUCUUUCAGCUCAUUGUCGAACUAUCAGAGCUCGGAUGGGUUCAUGCAUAUCGACAUUAACAACACUUGGACCGGAGUUGCCUCAACUCUACAAAACUACUCCUAUGAAGGCACAGACGGAUGCUAUCUGAGAAACAUCAUGGCCACAAACUAUACCGUGACAUUGGACAUCAUAUCUCCUUACUGCUCUCAUGCGUCCUAAUAUUGACUUUCUCCCCUAUCAUUCAAAGCAGUGAUCUUUAGGUUUACUGCCCCCACCCCUCUUGGUAGUUUAUUGAAGAUACGGUUACACUAAUGCAACACAUUCAUCAUUGAAUUAGUGCUUGAUUUGAUCCAUGAGAGCUAUGAGACGAUUCUUGGCUAGGAUAAUUACCUCUUGGCUUCUCUAAUUACAGCUGGCUUUACAUAGAGACGUAGGGAGGAUUCGUCGAAACAGAGCCAAUGUUCCGUAUCCAUCUCUCAAGCCAGAAGCAAAAGGCCUUCAGGUACAACUCGUUCGUCUUUUCAUCUACUGUGCUUCUCUCUUCUACAGUUGAAACUCUGUGGAUGUGUACGUUGUUUCAGGACAGUAGUAAUUCAGUAAUGAUCAACUGUCUUCUUGUUUUCAACUGUACUCUAGCCC